AUGGGUCUCCUGCACCUCCGCGUGGACGGAAAGGUGUUUCGCGAUACUGAGAACCGAGAGAUUGUUUUGAGAGGCAUCAACGUCGCGGGAGAUGCCAAAUAUCCGAAAUCACCUGACAUUCCUUCCUAUAUCUACGAAGACUUCUUCGAGGCAGAUGACGUUUCCUUUGUGGGCCGCCCAUUUCCGCUAGAUGAGGCACACACGCAUUUCAAGCGACUUCGUAAAUGGGGUUACAAUGCAAUUCGAUAUAUCUUCACGUGGGAAGCAAUCGAGCAUUCUGGUCCGGGAAUCUACGAUGAAGAAUGGAUUUCGUUUACGAUUGAAGUCCUAAGAAUCGCGAAGCAGUAUGAAUUCUACGUCUUCAUGGAUCCCCAUCAGGACGUUUGGUCUCGUCUAUCGGGGGGUUCGGGUGCACCUAUGUGGACACUGUAUGCGGCCGGAUUGAAUCCUAAAGCAUUCAAAGCCACCGAAGCUGCUCUGGUCCAAAAUACUCAGGACAACCCCGCUGAGUUCCCCAAGAUGAUUUGGAGCACGAACUAUACUCGCUUAGUUUGCCAGACCAUGUUCACCCUGUUUUGGGCCGGCCGUGACUUUGCGCCCAAGGCCGUCAUCGAUGGCAUGAACAUUCAAGAUUAUCUCCAGUCUCACUUCAUCGCAGCAUGUAAGCAUUUGGCACUUCGAAUCCAUGAAGCUGCUGAUAUUGAGCACGAUGUGGUAAUUGGAUGGGAGACUAUGAAUGAACCCCAUCGCGGUCUCAUUGGAUUCCAGGAUAUCUCUGUGGUUCCUUCGGAUCAGCAACUCCAACUUGGAACUUCACCUACCGCAUUUCAAGCCAUGCUGACAGGGUCUGGCCGAGCAUGUGAGCAGAAUACUUGGGCAUUUGGCAGCUUUGGCCCUUACAAGACAGGCACAAAACUUGUCGAUCCGGAGGGGCAAUCUGCCUGGCUGCCCACCGACUACGACGACAGCAAGUAUGGAUGGAGGCGUGAUCCUGGCUGGAAAUUGGGCGAGUGCAUUUGGGCUCAACACGGUGUUUGGGACCCGGCUACAGACACUCUGCUCGUGAAAGAUUAUUUCUCGAAAGUUCCAAGCACUGGAAGGCCCCUGAGCUACGAGAUAUUCACCAAUUCUUAUUUCAUGGAUCAUUAUCGCACUUAUCGUGACGCGAUCCGAGACGUUUGGCCCGCCGCGAUUCUACUUUGCCAGCCCCCUGUGAUGGAAGUGCCUCCUGACCUGAAGGGAACCAAGGAUGAUGACCCUAACAUGGUCCACGCUGUUCACUAUUACGAUGGUCUCACGCUCCUGACGAAACAUUGGAAUCGUCUUUACAAUGUGGAUGUCAUUGGUGUCCUGCGAGGCAAAUACUGGGCUCCAGCAUUCGCUGUGAAAGUGGGAGAAACGGCGAUUCGCAACUGUCUGCGCGAUCAAUUGAAGUUCCUUCGCGACGAGAGUCUGAAGUACAUGGGGAAUCAUCCCCUUCUCUUCACUGAGAUCGGCAUUCCCUACGAUAUGGAUGAUAAGAAGGCCUAUGACACUGGAGAUUACAGUAGCCAAUCCAGUGCAAUGGAUGCCAAUCAUUUUGCUCUCGAAGGCAGCACUGGCAAUGGAUUUACGUUGUGGCUGUACCAAACCGAGAAUAAUCACCAAUGGGGUGAUCUAUGGAAUGGAGAAGACUUGUCGAUAUAUUCUCGAGAUGAUCUGGAACUUCCACUCACAGCCACUUACACUUCACUAAAUCCACAAUCCCCAGCCUACUCUGAAAGCCACAGCAAUGCCGACGAGCCAGAAGUUGGUCCUCGAAACCUCAAGCGGGCGUUGACUAAUCCGUCAAUCGCCAGUGUUAGCUCGCAGGUGCCCAAAAGGUAUCGGGCUGCCGAGGCAUACAUUCGUCCGAGUCCGAUCUACGUGAGUGGGUCUUUGACGAGCCAUGUCUUUGACCUUCGUAAUUGUAUGUUCACGAUGACUCUAACGACAGACGUUGCGACGAAAUCCGACGCACCGACGGAGAUCUACCUGCCCGAAUUUCACUUUCCGGCGAGUAAGAUUGUGGUUGCGGUCAGUGGUGGUAAAUGGCAAAUCGAUUACCAAGAAAUCCAGUCUAUCAGGGUACCUCGAUUGCAAUGGUGGCAUGCGGAAGGCGAGCAGAGCAUCAAGAUCGAGGGUAUCAAACGCAAGCCCGGAGAGUUGAACACUUCCUCAAGUGAUGAGGGCUCUUACUUGGAACGAUGCGAAAAGGGCGAUUGCCGUCUCAUGUAA